CAGUUUAUUAUUUGCUUUUCUUUUUUAAUUAUUUGGUCGUCGGAAAUGGAAAACAAGCAAUAACCAUUUCUCAUUUAGAGAGAGAGAGAGGUAUGGAGACUGCUAUUUGUGGGAGAUUUGCUCUCUCACCUAAUCACGCCUUCAACCCCAAACCAGGGGACAAAAACUCUCUUUGUAAAGGGUCAUGCGCCCAUCGUGGAACUCUCAUGGUAGUAUCAGCAACAGUAGCAGGCAAAGGAGGUGGGGUAUUAGAGAGGCCAGUUAUUGAGAGAACCACACCUGGCCGUGAAUCAGAAUUUGAUGUGAGGAAAUCUAGGAAAAUAGCUCCUCCUUACCGUGUUAUGCUGCAUAAUGACAACUUCAACAAACGCGAGUAUGUUGUACAAGUUCUGAUGAAGGUUAUUCCAGGAAUGACCGUUGACAAUGCAGUUAACAUAAUGCAAGAGGCUCAUAUCAACGGUUUGGCUGUGGUGAUUAUUUGUUCUCAGGCUGAUGCGGAAGAACACUGCGAGCAUUUGAGGGGUAAUGGGCUAAUGAGUUCAGUAGAACCUGCAAGUGGUGGCUGUUGAAGACAGGCUUAUAUUUAGAGAUCCAUAUGAACCUGUAGCUGUUAAUAUAUCAUUCUCAGAAUUACAGUGUAUAGAACUCAGUAGUGCCAAUGUCUGUGAAAAUUUGGUCAUCCUAUCAUCAAGAUGAGGACAAGGAUGGUGAUAAUUUUGAAUAAAAGCUGUGUAAGUAUACUUCUAUUACUCGGAAUUAAAGGUAGUUCAUGUGUAUUCUUUGAAA